AUGCAGGCUCGUUUUGACGGUCAAGGUGCCAGCUUACCCAAUGCAUCACCUUCAACACCAGCAUCUGCAUCAACGUCGACAUCGGCGUUAGCAUCUCAGUCCUCGUAUUUCUCCAGAAGAGCGAUCCAGCUUCAGACCCCGGAGGACGCCUUUAGAUCUCCACCUGCAUAUCGUACCGCCAGCAUCGCAAAUGACUCGGAUCCCAUCGUCGAACCUGCACAGAGCAGUCGCUCCAACCGUGGUGGCAGGGCUCGUGCCGGCACCUUGCCAUCUAGCUGGGGCGAUGCAGCUCCCAUCAUUCAACAACCCUCUCCGAUAGAUCGUCCGCCGCUGCUUGCACAUCUCUCGCAUGGCUCUGGUUCAAAUUCCAAGAGUGACGCCUUGCUCGACCUUGCGAGCCGAGGCGCUCUCCCACAAAUCUCAGCUGCUAGUGAUCCUGCUCACUUUGACCCUGCUCUGACAGUGUCCUGCUCAUCACAACGUCUCCGCUCCGGAUCACUCACUCUCCCAACUGCCAACCUUGCCAAUGCCUUUGGUCCGUCCUUCUUCUCUUCCAACUGGCAACCCACACGCUCUGGUUUAAGCACCAUGACAUCCGCUGCUACCGAAGACGAUUCCAACUCUCCAUCUCAAACAAACGAUACCGCAGAUCCCCGCUUUUCCUUCGGCAACACAGAUACGCUCGACUAUCUCGGUCUCAGCGGCGCGGACCGUCGCGAGCCAAAUAAUCAUGUUGCCGCCAAUGCAAACGAAGCUCUGAGCCAUAAUUCUGACACCGAUCGUGGCUUUGUAGAUGCAGAUGCUUACCUGGCUUCGGUGCAACUGCGCAACCGCUCAUCCACGCUCGGUGUUCAUCAGCUCCGACCCCGGCUCAACAACGGUGACGGCCGUGCACGCAGCAACAGCUACCUCACCUCUUUUGCAUUUAGCACAGCUCCAACAGCCAGCGAGUCUGCCCCUCACUCGACCAGCAACUCCGUCGGCCUCCAUUCUGGCCACGUCUCUGGCUCGCAAAGUCCGUACGCUGCCAACGCGCCGCAAUCAUCGCUCCUCAACACGGCCCUGCAAAACCGGCUCCACCAAUACAGUGCUGCCACCUCGUCUCCAUCUUCUGAUUUUAGCAACCGUGCGUCUGCAAAUGCUUCCAGACCAAGAGCUACCAGCAUGGGUGUGCUCGAUCAACCACAUUCCCGCGCCCCUGCGCUGGACCACUACCUUGCCACUCCGUCUGCUGUACAGACUGGUCUCGAAUCGAGUCUCACGCCACCAGCGGUGCUAAGCCAUCAUCGCAACCGUCAAGUAGCUUCAGCGGCGUUGGCUUCAGGGUCCAGAGCUGACUUGUACAGCGACCUUUCUGCUCUCUUCGCCGGUGGACGUAACCGUGCUGGCACCAUCGCCGCCUUUUCGGGUCCCGGAGGCCGUGCUCGAGCCGAACAAGAGCUGUUGCGCAUGACGCAGAUGCAGUACGAUGCCUCGCUUACACGAGAAAGCAAAUCUCGCCCAAGCUCUUCGAGUGCCAACGAAGCACUCGCCAACAUCGACAUGUAUUCAUCCGCCCGACCACAACAGCAAAGGGCAGCAGCUCAAAGAUCAGGCGCUAACUCUCCGUUCGUUCAGCCAACACGUACAUUGUGGAUCGGUCACCUUCGACCGACAGUCACGAGCUCAGACCUCGUGCACAUCUUUUCACGCUACGGCUCUAUCGAGACUGUUCGACUUGUGCCUGAAAAGAGCUGCGCCUUUAUCAACUACGCCGACCUCGCAGAUGCCGUUCGCGCCAGAGAAGACGUCUUUGGGCGCAUGAACGGGCGCCUAGGUCUCGGCACAAUCGGACCAGAAGGCCAGGUGCGUGUCGGCUUCGGAAAGCCCGAAUCGUUGCCCCAAGCAGGCUUCGGGCUCUUUGCGACAGCAUCCGACACCACUGGAGCACCACUUGACGCGUACACCAGCGAAGUGGUCGGAACAGAGGGCGGAAAUCAGGAGCCAUCGCGCGCGCUCUGGAUCGGGUCGAUACCUUCCUCCACGUCCAUCGAGACUCUGAUCUCGAUCUUUGCGCCAUUUGGCCCUAUCGAGAGCGUUCGCGUCCUGGCAAGCAAGAGUUGCGCAUUCAUCAACUAUGAGCGCCUCGAUGACGCCAUGGUGGCGCGCCAGACACUCCAUGGCCGUGAUGUUCUUGGCGCCGAGCUGGGCCCGGUGAGAAUCGGCUUCGCCAAGGUGCCAGCGAAUGCCUCGGACAGCCAUUAUGGCUCGCUCGAUUCUGGCUCGGCCGAAUUCCAAGCAGCAAUCGAGGCAUUAUCUGCUCUGGCGGGAGCUGCUCCCGGUGCAUCCUUGGAUUCAAAGAUGAUCAGCGGACUCGAAGAGCUGCGUUACGCUUCCACCUUUGAUGCUUCGUCACGGCAACACUUGGCGCCAAAUGCGCUUGGUUCUCACGGACUGGCUCGCGAUCUCAGCGCUGAUUCUGCUCGACUCGUAUCGUCAGGUGCGACCGGUCGAGCUACCGGAUUUCCAACACACAGCUCAUCUAACAGCAUCGUUCCAAGCAGCGACAAGGGCGGUGUUCCUCUACCAGCCGCAAUGAAGCCCAAGCCAACGAUCAAUGAUCUGCAAUCGCUGAUGCGGGAGCUCGACGAGCUCGAUCCGAAUGUUGAAGCCGACGUCGCACAGAUCGCUCGACCGAGACCGCUCGGCACCUAUUUUACACGCAUUCCAUCAGUGCCAGAGCUGCCUCCGAGCAAACGCUUCGACAACAACAGGCUCAAAGAAGUGCGCAAGCGUCUCGAGACUCCCAGCUGCCUUGCAUCCGACGCAGAUGCUAUCGCUCGUGACUAUCUGCCCUGCGUCGUCGAUCUCUCGUCGGACUUUAUUGGCAACACGCUGGUCCAGAAAUUCUUCGAACGAUGCAGUGAGCCCAUGAAGAAGACAAUGCUCACACUCAUCGCGCCGCAUUUAGCCAUGAUCGGCGUCCAUAAGAACGGCACAUGGGCGGCUCAAAAGAUCAUUGAUUGCACGCACGCUGACGACCAACGAGUCAUGAUUGUACAGCAUAUUCGACCGUACGUGCCACCAUUGCUGCUGGACCAAUUCGGCAAUUAUGUGGUGCAGAGGCUCAUUCCGUUUGGCAGUCCGCACAGCGACUUUAUCUUCGAAGCCAUGGUGGACAGAUGCUGGGAAGUUGCGCAGGGUCGAUUUGGGUCUCGGAGCAUGCGGACAUGUCUGGAAUCAUCUGCAGUGCACAAGUUUCACAUCAAGCAGGUGGCGCUUGCGAUCGUGCUCAAUUCGGUUCCGCUGACAACGAGUCAGAAUGGAACUCUGUUGGUGACUUGGCUGUUGGACGCAUCGUCUCUACCGGGUAGAUUUCGAUUGCUUGCGCCUCGACUGGCACCUCAUCUGGCAAAUCUGUGCACGCACAAGCUCGCCUCACAGACGGUGCUCCGGAUCAUCAGUCAGAAGGAGGAUCCAGAUGCCUCGAGGCAGUUGCUUGGUGUUCUGUUCGGAGGUGAGAGGUUGCAGUUGCUGGAAGAGAUUCUCGUCGAUCAGGUGCACGGAAGUCAGUUUGUCACAAAAUUGUUUGCAGAGGCAAACGCGUUGCAGGGAACGGAAAGGCAGAGAUGCGGAGACGAGGUCAAGGCACUGUUGUUAAAGCACGGAUUGGUCAACAUGCCUCCGUACCGACCGUUGGCCAUUGAAAUGGGGCUGGUUGCUUCCAUGACGCCUAACAGCGGACCUGGAACGCCUUACAGUCAAACAGGUCUGAACAGCAGCGUUCCAAGUGCCUAUGACACCACUGGGCUAGAGAGACAAAUGGGAAUGAUGAAUGUCGGUACCUUGGCCACCGAGGGUUCAGCAAUGCGCUCAACUAGAAGGCAGCUAGAGACCGACUUGGACGCCUGGUCGCAGCCAUCUACGGCGACUGCCCAGGACUCCACUCACGAUCCAUACAACGCUGUCCAUACUCACCAUUAUCAGACGCAACAGCUCGCUCAAGCACAGCAUCAACAGCAUUCGCAACGUCAGCAACAAGCACCACGACAGCAUUCACAACAGCCGAGAUCCUUGCAUAGCUUCAGAGCCUACUUUUAA